AUGACUAGUACAACCGAAUCGCUAUUCAAUUUAUAUAUAUUUUCUACGCCAAAUAAUUUUCGCAAAGUUAAACUUAUUGUCGAUGAAGGCCUUCAAUUUAAAACACAAGUCAGUCCAAAUACAUGUUUGGAAGAUCUUGAAAUUGAAAUCGCUACUCUGCAAGACUUGUCAAUGCUUUUCGCACUUGCACCCUAUCUAAUUCGUCUAGAAGCAUGCAUUGUACGUAAUACACCACAAGAGUUCAUUCCUCAAUUUCGAAUGAACAUUAUACCUCAAGUACUGAAAGAAUUUUAUAUACAAACAAUAGGACAUCAAGUAAUUCCGUUUCAAAGCCUACUACGACCACUUCUUUGUAAUAUUCCAUCAAUUGAAUAUGUUUCCGUCAGCGUGAAAAGUGACGAUCCUGAUUAUGCAGACGCGCGUCUUUGGGCAGAUGUGGUCGCUGCCAUGCCAUCUCUGAAAACAUUUCUUUUGGGUCUUGAAAUAGAAAUAACAUUAGAUCUGUUUAAUCGUUACAGUGAUAAUGGAGAUGCUGAACUCAAAUCACUUGUUUUUAAAUCUUUUGCAGAAAAUUUCGACUUGUCUUCGUCCUUUCGUAUAUAUACAAACAACGCAACAUUGUUUAUUGAUAGUGUUCCUUAUCAAUACACUCGCGAACAAAGCUAUAAUACAUCUCCAGAAGCUGUUCACGGCCUUUGUACUAAUCCGACACAUCUAGAACAGCCACCUCACAACAUUGUAGGACUCACAAUGAACGGCGAACAUAUUCCAAUAACGAAAAACGAUUAUCUUGAAGUUAUUCGUCAUUUUUCUUCUAUCACAUGGCUUUCUCUUAGUUCGGUAAAUGUUUAUGAUCAGGAGAACGAAACCACUGAAGUACUUCCAACCUCAUUGAAACUCAAGAAUCUCAAGUCAUUAUUUUAUUUUCGUUCGACAGAAUGCAAAGUGAACAGAAUACUUUUUGAUCAACUCUUCUAUGGACAUAAACGGCUUGAAAUACUCAAAAUGAUGUACGGCGAUUUAAUCUAUCUUCUACGUACAACAUCACCUUCAAUAGAUGGCAAUCAUAUUAAAAAUUUAGAAUUGUAUUGUCAUGGAGCGGAUGGAACUGUUCAUUUGAAGGAUUUAUAUUAUUUGACUUUGACAUUUCCGCAACUCGAAUGUCUAAGUAUUCAAGUUUCAUCGAGUAAUUUGAUUAAGAAAAAUCAAAUAGAAAUAAUUGAAGAGCUGAUCAAGUCGUUUAGACGACUUCGUUCAUUUCGGGUCAACUGCACGAAAGGUACUUUGAAAUUAGCUCGAUCACUUAUGAAAAAUGAUCAAGCCAAAUUCGAAUGGCUUUCUCGUAUUAAUGCUAUCGGUUCACAUUUAAUACUUGAACCUAAAGCUAUAGCAAUUUGGAAGAGUGUUGAUGUAAAUAUCAAAAUCUAA